AUGUCUCUCCACGAAUACAUCAACAGUGAGUCUCCAGUAGCUGAUGCGCUUAUAUAUACCAGCUUCCACACAGGCCGGGUGCUAACGAAGUCUUCCCGGAUAGAGAAGGUUCUGAUCCUUACAGUUGACGGCCGCACCCUCAUUGGCGAUCUUCUAUCCACCGACCAAAUGACUAACCUCGUUCUCUCCGACACCGUUGAGCGCAUCAUCCGCACACCAGAUGACGACGAGCCCUCAACCGAGAUUCAGCAUGGACUGUACCUGAUCCGUGGUGACAACGUGGUCAUCUGCGGCGAAAUAGAUCAGAAGAUGGAUGCAGACAUCGACUGGAGCAAGGUGAAGGGCGAGGUAAUCGGGGACACGAAGAAUGCAUGA